UGAGUGGUGGAUCAGUUGAGCAGCCAGCCAUGGAGACCAUCCGGUGCUGCAUCGCGUGCAUCCUGCCGUGCGGCGCGCUGGACGUGGUGCGGAUCGUGCACUCCAACGGCCGGGUGGAGGAGAUCAGCGAGCCCGUGCUGGCCGGCGAGAUCAUGAAGGCGUACCCGAAGCACGUGCUCCGGAAGCCGCCGUCCACCUGCCCCGCCGACGGCGGCGGCGGCAUCGUGGUCCAGAAGCCCGUGAUCCUGCCGCCCAAUGCCGAGCUGCAGAAGGGCAAGAUCUACUUCCUCAUGCCGGUGAUGACCCCGGCGCCGGAGAAAGCAGCUGCGAAGCCGAAGACGCCCGCGCCAGCGCCCGUGCCCGCGCAAGCGGCGAGGAGGCGGCGAAGGAGGAAAGAGUCCUCCGGCGGCGAGGCUCCCGGCCGCAGCAAGACGCCGGCUUCAUCGGCGUCCCAGUCCCAGAGCUCGGAGGGCGAGAAGGAGCGGCUUCUGGCAAACGAGCGGUACCUGUCGGAGAUCAUGAAGGAGAAGGCCUCGACGGCCAGGGACCGGCGGCGCGGGCGCGUGGCCGUGUGGCGGCCGCACCUGGAGAGCAUCACCGAGGAUGACUUGUAAUCAAGCAAGGUGUUUGUUGUCCAGACCUUUUUUCUUUCUUCUUCUUCGUUCGUUUCUCUAGCUUUUUUACUUCCUCUUCUGUUAAUUCCUCCUGCUUGCGCCGCGGCCACUCUGUUUUUGCCCAUCUUUUCCCCGGCCCGUCUCCUCUAGAGCAUCAUCCUCUCACUCACCCCUGCUCCCUUUACAGGGUGAAAUGAUGCCUUUGUGAAGAAAAAGAUACAAUUUUUUUGCUGCUACUA